AUGUCAAUUACAUCGAAUGAACUAACAACGUGUAUAAAAGUUCUUUCGCAAUUUAUCGAUAACGAUGAAUUUCCAUCCAUUGAAUCCAGUGAAUAUGAUAAUAUUCGACCAUUAAUCGAGAAUUUGCAUCGCAUCAGCAAACGUUUCAAUCGAAAGAAAAAACAAAAAGAUCGCGUCCGAAUAAAAUCCAUUGACAAAAAAUUGAAAAAUUCCUGUCUACUCCGAUCAGGUCGAAAGAAAAACCUUCAACAACUUCAAUUAGAAAGUAUCAUCGUGCCUGAUGGCGUUGUAGAAACGGAAUCAACAAAAGAUAAUAACGAACGUCACAAACAACGACGAUUACUUAAGCACAGAGUUUGUUAUGUAUGUAAACUUAAAUAUCGUACGUUACAUUUUUUUUAUGAUUCGCUUUGUCCAGCGUGUGCCAAAUUUAAUUAUGAAAAACGUUUACAAACAACGGAUCUGACACGUCGAGUUGCUUUAGUUACUGGUGGUCGAGUCAAAAUUGGAUAUCGAAUCGUUCUAAAAUUAUUACGUGCUAAUUGUUUUGUUAUAACAACAAGUCGAUUUCCCGUAGACUUUUUAACUCGUUUAACUAAAGAACAAGAUUUUGAACAAUGGAAAAAUCGUGUACAUAUUUAUGGAGUUGAUUUUCGAUAUUCACAACUUCUAGAAUGGUUUACACAAAUGUUAAUUGAAAAAUAUGAUCGAUUAGAUUUUUUAAUUAAUAAUGCUUGUCAAACUAUUCAACGAUCAAAAGAAUAUUAUCAACAUUUAACUGCUCAUGAACGAUUAACUAAUUAUUCUUUAUUAUCCACCGAUCAACAAAAGAUUCUCGAUGGAAAUAGACUAUUUUACGAACGAUUAGUUCCAUUUUCCAAUUGCAUUCAAGAUAGAUCGUUAUUGUCUUUAACUUCAACCAAUCAAUCAAAGGAUAUUUCUCAACCAACAUCUUCAUUAAUUUGUAAAACAUCAUUUGAUGUAAAUCAGCAGCCUAUUGAUUAUCAUUCAACUAAUUCAUGGUUAUCACGUUUAAAAGAUUUAUCAACGACUGAAAUCAACGAAGUUUUUACUAUAAAUACUUUAGCACCCUUUAUUCUCAAUAGUAAACUUAAAAUACUCAUGACUGAUAAACAUCCAAAUCCGGAUAGUGUUAAAUUUAUUAUAAAUGUAUCAGCUAUGGAAGGUUCAUUCUCUCGUUGUAAUAAAACUAAUCGACAUCCUCAUACCAAUGCAGCAAAAGCUGCAUUAAAUAUGAUGACACGUACAUCAGCACAAGAUUAUCAACAAUCAAAUAUCUAUAUGGUUUCUGUUGAUACAGGCUGGAUUAAUGAUGAAAAUCCAAUAGAAAAAGCAAUGAAAUCAAUGAUCACUCGAGAUUUUCAAACACCACUCGACGAAGAAGAUGCUGCUGCACGUGUUCUUGAUCCAAUUAUUGAUACUUAUCGACAACUAAAUGAAGGAAAAACCGAUAUAAAUAUUCCAUACGGGUGUUUUCUAAAAGAUUAUCGUAUAUGUGAUUGGUAA